GAACUGGUCUCGCGCCUCAUUCGCUUCAUAGGUUCAGUUUCUCAAUGUUUGGUGCCUCGGCCUCCUCCACACACCGAGACUGUUUUCACUCUCUUUGAAUAGACCGAUCGAUCCUGGGAAAUUUGUGGCGGAACCUUCAAACUUAUCGACGGACGGAGUCAUUGGCGUUCUGAAUGGCCAAAAAAGCGACACCAGCUACGUCGACGUAUUCUCCCUCUCCUACCACCCACAAAACCAGGCCACCCAUCUUCAGGAGCGACGACGUCGACUGGGUUCGCCCUGAUGGCCGAGCCUUCCACCAGUGCCGUCCUGCUUUUUUUAGGACUGGUGCUGUAAAUGCUGCUUCAGGAUCUGCUUAUGCGGAGUUUGGGAACACCAAGGUCAUUGUUUCUGUAUUCGGCCCUAGAGAAAGUAAGAAAGCAAUGAUGUAUAGUGAUAUUGGCCGGCUCAAUUGUAGCGUCAGUUAUACAACAUUUUCCACUCCAGUUCGUGGACAGGGAUCGGAAAACAAGGAGUUCUCCUCAAUGCUACAUAAAGCUUUAGAAGGGGCAAUAAUAUUGGAGACAUUCCCAAAGACAACUGUGGAUGUAUUUGCCUUGGUGUUGGAAUCUGGAGGCAGCGAUCUUCCUGUUGUAAUAUCAUGUGCUAGUCUUGCUCUUGCCGAUGCUGGGAUUAUGCUGUAUGAUCUUGUUGCCUCAGUUUCUGUGAGCUGCUUUGGCAAGAAUCUUCUUAUUGAUCCUGCAUUGGAAGAGGAAAACUACCAAGAUGGAAGUCUGAUGAUAACUUGUAUGCCAUCUCGUUACGAAGUCACUCAGCUCACUAUUACAGGCGAAUGGUCAACCGCUAAAAUUAAUGAGGGUAUGCAGCUUUGUCUUGAUGCUUCGUGUAAGCUUGUGACGAUCAUGCGGUCAUGCUUGAAGGAAUCUGCCGCCACGGUUUCAGAGGAAUAAAACAGGUCUCUUUUAGUUCGGUAGACAAGUCCCAACACCUCCCCUCCACCCCCAAUUUUGAUGACAAAGAAAAGCAUGUAGUAUCUUUGGAUAGUGGUUGAUUUGGAUUUUUCAGUAAGUAAAAAUAGCCAUUUUUUUUCAAGGGAAAGA